GAAGAACAAACUUCAUUUCAAAGCUGCGUGUUAACUUUCUGUCCAUACUUCUGCAGCCAUGGACAUCUGCACACUUCUGCUGCUAAUAUCUCUCAUAUCUCUUCACACUUUUCAGGUGAAAGGGGAGGGUUUUGUGCUGAAGCCCAUCGAACUUGCUCCAAUUCCCUGUAACGACAAAGCUGUGGAGAAGCUUUCUCGACUGGCCGUCACUUACAUCAACGAGGAUCGCACCGAGGGCUACAAGUUUGCCCUCAACCGCAUUGCCAAUGUCUACCUGCAUGCUCAGGGACCAGCAGGCAAUGUGUACUACCUGGACCUGGAUGUCCUGGAGACCAAGUGUCACAUAGGCAGCCCAAAGCCGUGGAAGCGUUGUGAUGUCAGACCCUUCAUGGAAACACAAAUCUCGGGUAACUGCAACACCUCCAUUCUGCACACACCAGAGGGCUACUCCUACCUCUACAGUUACGACUGCGCUCUCGUUCCAGAUCCGCCAGAGAAGCUACAGCAGACCUGUCCAGCCUGCCCGGUCCUGCUCGCCGUAGAGAGCCCAGAGGCCAUGAAUGCUGCUGGGAUCACUCUGGAGUUCUAUAAGAGGCAGUCCACGCUGGGUGCCGGGCUCGGUGUGAAAAAGGUCACCCGAGCUGCAGCUCAGAAUGUGCCAACAAAAGCCAUCUUUGUGGAGUACACGGUCCAGCAGUGUCCAGAGGGAUUUACAGAGAGAGGAACCUGCCAGCGACUGACUCUCAAAUCAGACACACAGACUGCAGGUUUCUGUAAGGGGUCUGUGUAUGGAGAUUUUAGCAAACACCCUGAUGUUCAGGUGUCCUGUGAGAUGUAUAAAAUACAGAAUGUUGACAUGGUCCAACCAGUGAAACCGCAGAUUCACGACCUUUCCAAAGACCUUGUGAUCCCAACCUUUCCAUCUCUGCCUGAUGACCUGCAGCCCAUUCCCUCUGACCCUCUGACUCCCACUGCUGCUCAGCCAGAUUUCUUUGGCCCAGCAGAUAUACCCUCUCUUCCUUCAGAACCCCCUAUUGUGGUUAACCCCUCAGUCCCUCUCACCUCUUCUUCUAGUGAGUCUGAUGAGAGCAUGGUAAACCAACAACAGCAGACUCUGGAUUCAUCCUCUGAGGAAAUGGGAGGUCCAGUGGCCCGGCGUCCACCAUUUAACUUCCUCUACCGUAGGCAUAACCGUGAGAAGCGGCAGAGCUUGACGGAGACCUCUCCCUCACACCAACCAGUCUUCUUGUCUGAUUUCCCCAGCGGACCAUCUCCGUUUCGAUCCUGUCCUGGACCGGCUCGAUAUUCCACAGUGUAACCAGUUCUUCCUUGCUCAGAAAUCCAUUUACUCAUGUAUGAUUUACCCACUGAGAGCUUGAACCGAUAAACUGCUCCAAUCCCUGUCACUGGAGGCUUGUAAUAAUUUGUGCUAAUGAGAAGAAAGCAUUUUUUUUCACCGUGGCCUUGAAGCGACCUCUCAGCAGCUUCUGUACUGUUGCUCCCAAAGCAGCUCAAACAUGAAUUUAAAAAUGGCUACACACACUUGAAAAUUUAAUAAAUAUCCAGUAAACUACUUGAAUAUAA